AUGGACGAAGCUCGAAGUGGGCUGGUUGCGGUACCCGCAGGUAGCCAGGAGCUUCUUUUCGAGGAAUGGAAAUUCAGACCUGAACUUGCUGAUACCUUUACUUCUGAGGGCUCUGCUAACCCCGUUGGUACUGAUCGUAGCACCGCAGAGAUUGCGGCCAACUCCCCUAGAUACCGCAGACGCUCAUCGACCUUCAUCGAUGGCGUUCACGAUGUUCCCGAUGAGACGAACUCUCCGAUGGCUCCGGCCCAGCUAUACAGUACCAUGUCAGGAAGGCUUUUUCAUUCGGGAAGGAUAGCCAUCGUACUCGUUGGUCUUCCUGCUCGAGGGAAAACCCAUAUAUCAGUCUCUUUGUCCCGCUAUCUGCAAUGGCUUGGUGUCAAGACCAGGGUCUUCCACCUUGGGGAUUAUCGCCGCGCCACGAUGGGUCCUGGUGUUGAGGUACCAGAUGAUUACUUCUUUAUUAAUGCGUCGGCUGCCUCAGUCAUGAUCCGACAGAAGAUCCUCAAGAAGUGCCGAGAGGAUAUCUACGCCUGGCUUAACCAUGAGAAUGGUCAAGUCGCAAUCUAUGAUGCGGUCAACCCCCUUGCCAAUGGUCGCAGAGCACUCGCUAAGGAAUUUGCGAGGCAUGAUGUUCAGUUCGUUGGCAUGGACCCUAAUGAGGCUGCUAAACUUUAUCUCAAGAGAAUCGACAUGAAAAUACCAUACUUCGAGACCAUGACAGAAUCUGACCUCAACUUCAUCAAGAUGAUCAAUGCUGGUGAAAGAAUCUCGUACAACAACGUUAGCUUUGGGUACCUAUCUCACCGUAUCGUGUUCUACCUGAUGAACUUGCACAUUAAGUCCCGCCGCACCUUCUUCGCCAGAGCGGGUACUUCUCGUGAACAAGACUCCUAUAAGAACGAUGCACAUCUUUCCGAAGAAGGUAACGAAUAUGCAAAGAAUAUGUCUGAGACCCUUCUUGAGCAUCGGAAGGCUGAGAGGGAGGCUUUGAUCGCAAGUGGCGGUUCUGACGCUCCACUGAAACCACUUAUAGUUUGGACUUCAACCAGAAAGCGCACCGUUGAGACCGCCAAAUACCUGGAAGAGCUUGGCUACAAGGUUCGGCAGCGGUCCCAGAUGAGCCAGCUCAACCCAGGUGUCUGUGAAAAGCUGUCGGAGAAUGCAAUCCGUCGCCUGUAUCCUGAAGAAAUCGCCCUGCAUGAGCAAGACCCUUAUCACCACAGAUACCCACGAGCCGAGUCUUACCAUGAUCUCGCUGUCCGCUUAGAGCCUAUUAUUCUCGAGCUUGAGCGAGAGCAAAGCGACCUUCUUAUUGUUGCUCAUGAAUCAGUCCUGCGGGUCCUCUACGGCUAUCUCAUGGCUUGUGAUGCUAUGAGCAUUCCGACUUUAAAGUUCCCACGAAAUGAGAUCAUCGAGAUCCUUCCUGCCUCCUACCAAAAUGAAGCCAAGCGCAUCAAGAUCCCUGGUGUGGCUCCGGCUUUGAUUCCUGGCUCUCCUGAAGAUAUUAGGAUUCCCGUCCCUCCAAGCGGGUUUGUGAGCCCAUUGUCAGGAAUGGGCACCCCAGCUAUGUUGUCUGGUAUUGCUACUCCAGUUGACUCCCCAAGCAGCAGCCAUUUCAAGGACACUCCUGCUCCCGUGAGACUAGCCGAGUUGGCUGCACAUCAAGCCGCGACUGCUAGUGAGAAGCCAAAACCUGAUCGCAAACCAGAGAAUCCCCUAUCUAGAGACUAA